AUGGCUAGCUACACCCCGCUUCUGUUCCAUAGAAGACCAUCUCAGUUACAUCAUCAUCGCGAUCCUGGGCGUGAUGUUGAAGAUGAUAUGGUGUCAUUGUACUCGGUGGCGGAGGUAUCACUUCCCAGGAUAACGUCCCGUGAAGUGAAGAGGCGAGAGGUUCAGCUGAGGAAGAUUGAGAGGUCCAAUGACGGCGUUUCGCGUAUCGGCUGCAAUUACGUCUCAGGGUGCACCCGUGUGAGAACUGCCAAAGCCCUCUCAGUGAAUCAUCUUGGCUUGACGAUGCUCGUUCAGGCAAGUUACGAACAGCACCGAAGCUGCAUUAACAUUUCAUGAAGCAUCCUAUUAUCAUUUGUGAUCAGCGC